AUGCCGGAGGGGUACGAGUCUCAGGACCUGGAGCCCAGCAACAGUUCGCAAGCCGGACGCCUCCCCACCGCCUCGGCUGACCCGUUUGUGUCCCAUAUUGCCCUCCUUCUCGGGGGACUGGGCGUGUGCUGUUGCCUCGUGGCGGCCAUCAUCUGUUGGCUGUUCGUCAUUCUGCUGCCUCGAAGACGGCGCCAACAUUUGACCGGAGGACAAGAGCAGGUCAAGUCAUACGGGACCGACCGAGUCGAGAGGGUUUCGGCAUCCGCGGAGGCGGCCAGCCUCGACUCCUGCGCCUUGCCUGACUCACCCGGUCGGGCCGACUCGAGACCGCUGUUGCCCUCGCCCUCGCCGUCGCCUUCGCCGUCUCCAUCACCCUCGCCGUCGCCGUCGCCGUCGCCGUCACGGUCGCCGUCAUUGAUACCGUCGCUGUUGGCGGCGAAAGCCGGCUCUAAACGAAGGUAUACAAGCCCAUUGGGUCGCGGCGAGGAUGUCGAGCUGACGGCGAGUCGCCGUUCGGAUCCAUUUUGUCUAGUCGACCAACUGUUGGCGCCGUUGCUGCGUCGAAUCUCCGAUCUGCAUCAGUUCGUCUCAGUCGGAUCGGUCGGUCUCCAUGACAACGAACAAGUCAGCCUCUCACUCGCCUACCGCCAGAGCCUGACGAGUCGUCUCGAGGUGACGGUGAACCAAGUGACCGGUAUCGCCGCUUGGCCCGGCCACUGUCUGGUCUGUCUGAGACUGCUUGUCGGCUCGGCCGAGUCCGGUGACGUGGAGACAAGGUCGGUGGUGGUGGACGGCUUGAAGACACCGAGAUUCGGGCAGACCUUCGGCUUCUCGUUGACGCGGGACGAGCUGAAAGAGGCUUGGCUACACGUC